UCGCCCCCCGCUCGGCGCACGCGUCUCUCGUGUCACCCACCCGCCGCUGGGGACACCGCGUCCCCCGGCCCGGGCUGUGCCUGGGGACACGCCGGAUCUGUCACCGCCGCCGCGGCAUCCGCCGUGUCGAGGCUCUGCCAGCACAAAGCCUGAAUGGCUGUGGAGCAGCUGAACAAAGGUGAUGCCAGCUCCACUGCAGAGCCUCCUACGUCCUAUUGCUUGUCCCCAGCUCCUGCCGGCCGUGGGGCGUCCUGCUACCCCUGUGCCCGGGGCUGCUCCACCCUCCAGUAAACUCCACAUCCCCCAGCCCCUCCACACAGCUCCCAGGUACCCCUCUGGGAUCAGGGAGACAUCGUGUGCAGACCCCACAUGCCCUUCAUGCAAGCUUAUGUCCAGGGCCCUCGCCCCGACCAAGGAGGGACGGGGGUCUGGGCAGGGAUGCCCAUGGCCAGGAGUCACUGGGCAGUGCCAUGGAGCACCCCAGGGGUGGCUGCCUGGAGGCAACAGCGAGCAGAUGGCAGGGCGGGCCGAGUUGACAAUCCCCUAAUCCCAUCAACGCCACGGGGGCUGAGCAGAGCUGAGCUGGGCCAUGGCGGGCACAGCAGCACACGGGCACCUCCUGCACCCAUUGCUCUUCCAGCUCUGCUGCGGUUGUCACGGGCUCCGUGUGUCCACGAGCACGCGCAUCCUCUACACGCUCCUGCAUGUCCUGGCCUCUGCCGUGUGCUGCCUCAUGCUGUCCCGCACUGUGGCCCAGGCUAUCACAGAGAAGGUGCCCUUCUCAAUGGUGCUGUGCCAACACCUGCCUGGGGGCACGGACUGCGAGCAGCUGGUGGGCUCCUCGGCUGUGUACCGGGUCUGUUUUGGCACUGCCUGCUUCCACUUGGCACAGGCUGCCCUGCUGCUCAACGUGCGCUCCAGCUCUGACCGCCGUGCACAGCUCCACAACGGGUUCUGGCUUCUGAAGCUGCUGGUGCUGGUGGGCCUCUGGGCCGCCAGUUUCUUCAUCCCUGAGGACAACUUCAUCCAAGCCUGGCACUACACAGGUGUCUGCGGGGGCUUUGCCUUCAUCCUCAUCCAGCUGGUGCUGAUCACAGCCUUUGCACACACCUGGAACAAGAACUGGCUGACAGGCGCUGCACAGGACAAGCGCUGGUAUCUGGCCGUGCUGCUGGUCACAGCCACCUUCUACACCCUUGCCUCUGCCGCCUUCUCCUUCCUCUACAAGUUCUACACCCACCCAGCUGCCUGCCACCUCAACAAAGCACUGCUUGCCAUCAAUGGCAGCCUCUGUGGCAUCAUGUCCUUCAUCUCCAUCACACCAUGUGUGCGGCUCAAGCAACCACGGUCAGGACUGCUGCAGUCCUCAAUCAUCAGCUGCUAUGUGAUGUACCUCACCUUCUCUGCACUGUCCAGCCGCCCCCCGGAGCGAGUGCUGUACAAGGGGCAGAACCUCACCGUGUGCUUCCCGGGGGUGCGGCAGGAUGAGCUGCAGACCGAGGACACCACGGUCGCCGUGCUGGGCGCUGCUAUCAUGUACGCCUGCGUGCUCUUCGCAUGCAAUGAAGCGUCGUACCUCGCUGAGGUCUUCGGGCCCCUCUGGAUGGUCAAAGUCUACAGCUUUGAGUUUAAAAAACCUUCCUGUUGCUUCUGUUGCCCUGACAAGAUGGAGGAGGAGCUGAGAGGCACUGACCAGACAUGUGAGCAAGCAGAGGCGAGUGCCAGGGGACAGCUCAUCAUCCAAGAUGAGCAGGAACGGGUGGUCUACAGCUACUCAGCUUUCCACUUUGUCUUCUUCCUUGCUUCACUCUAUGUUAUGAUGACACUCACCAACUGGUUCAGCUAUGAGAAUGCGGCGCUGGAGACCACCUUCACACACGGCAGCUGGUCAACCUUCUGGGUGAAGGUGUCCUCGUGCUGGGCUUGUGUCCUGCUCUACCUGUGGCUGCUGCUGAGCCCCUUCUGCCUCCACAGCUCUCCACAGCACCGGCACAAUACAGGGCCACGAAUCGUGCGGCGCCGACGCGCUCCACAGCGCGUCAACGUUUCCACAUAAUUCCUGCCAGGACAAACUGCCCAGGGCUGGUCCCUGCUGCGCCCUGUGCCUGUGCCCUGGCCCUGCUUGGUCCUCCUGGCCUCCCCUGACCCUCUGUCCCAGGAGACACCAGCAUCUGAGAGCCUGAGGGGAACAUGGGAGGUGGCUGCUCCCAGGGAUACUGGUCCUGCGCUGAGCCAGGGCCACCCUAAGGGCCAGAGCAAGCUGGUGGCAGGUGCUCAGCCCGCAGCCUGCUUGCCCUGGCCUCACUGGGGGAGCAGGGCUCUGCCCUGGCUGCCAUGGCCAUGGUGCAUUCACUGUAAAU